AUGGAAGGUCUAUCACGUUUACCAGGAAAUUCAUUCUCUGAUCCAACACAAAGUAAUUUUCAUGUCAGUCAUACACUCGAACUUAAAAAUGGUCAUCGAGUUACCAAAUGGCCAGAAGUUGGAUUAGGUGGUACACGUAUUAAUUACAAUAAAAUGAGCGAAGAUGAAGCAGAACUUCUUCGAAAUUAUCGUCCUGAAUUAGUUUAUGGUAAAUGUGUUGUUCAAGUGCCUGAUAAAUUCGUUCCAGCUACAUUAGCAUUGGAUAAAAAAGUUCUUCGCUUUUUUGGAUAUUUUAAACAAACAGUGCCUGAAAGUCCUAAUGAAUAUUAUCGUGUACGACCAGUGAAAAUUUUCUAUUAUCUUGAAGAUGAUAGUUUAGAAAUACAUGAAGAAGUACAGGAAAAUAGUGGAAUUCCACAAGGAAAAUUAAUACGUCGUCAUCGUUUUCCAAAAAAUGAUCAAGGUGAAACAUAUAAUUUUCGUGAUCUUAAUCUUGCACAAAAUUUAGCUAUUUAUGGAAAAGUAUUUCGUAUUUGUGAUUGUGAUGCAUUUACUCGUGAAUGGCUUGAAAGUGAAGGUUUACAUGUAAAUCAACCAGAAAUGAUUCCACGUGAUCCAUAUAUAACAAAACGUAAUCAUGUAAAUGAAUUAAAAUCAUAUAAAACUAGAAAUGAUUUUGAUAAACUUAAACAAUUUGUUGAAAUGGAUAGAAAAGUUUUACGAUUUUAUGCCAUUUGGGAUGAUCGAUCACAAAUGUUUGGAGAGAAACGAGAAUUUAUUAUUCAAUACUAUUUAGUUAAUGAUACAAUGGAAGUACGAGAAGUACAUAAAGCUAAUGAUGGUCGUGAUCCAUUUCCUAUACUUAUUACACGACAUAAAAUUCCAAAGGAUCGUUAUGAUAUUAAAGGUACUUUUCCGCAUGUCUUUCUUGAAUUAGCUGAUACUGAAAUAAAAAAUUAUUUUAAACCAUCUGAUUUAAUGAUUGGUAAAACAGUGAAUAUAUAUGGACGUGAUUUUCACCUUUAUGAUUGUGAUUUAUUUACAAAGACAUUUUAUACAAAAAAUUUUGGUGUUAGCAAUUUUGAACCUAUUAAUGUUGAAGAACCACCGGAAGAACCUGCUAAAAUGGAAAUUCCACCAUAUAAUGGUUUUGGUACAUUAGAAGAUUCAUUCCAGAAUUGUUUACGUCUUCAACCUGAUCGACCGAAAAAAGAUUAUGUAAAAUUAAUGGAAAAUGAUCAUCGUGUACUUCGUUAUGAAGCUAUUCUAGAUAGUGCACGUGAAAUUGAUAAAACACGUAAAUUUAUUAUUAGCUAUCGUCUUGGUGAUGAUACAAUCAGCAUUCAUGAACCACCACAACGCAAUACUGGUGUAAUUGGUGGUCGCUUUCUCGAACGAACACGUGUAGCAAAACCAGAUUCUACACCUGAACAUCCUCAGUAUUAUGGUCCAUCAGAUUUUUAUAUUGGUGCGAUGAUAGAAAUAUUUCGUCAACGUUUUAUAAUUCGUUCAGCUGAUUUAUUUGUAUUAAAAUAUGCUGAAGAACAUCCUGAACAAUUUUCAUCGUCAGCUAUUGAUUCUUUACGACAACAUUUAAGUAAUGAACAAGGUCGUCCCGAUGCUCGACUUAAUACAAAUGUUCAUGUUCAACGUAAACCAGGCGAUUUUAUUCUUUUAUAUGCUGAAAUUCGUAAUAAAUUAAAAUCUAUGCGUAUAACAAAUCAUGAAGAAAUUCGUCAGAUGUUUUUACGUUAUGAUAAAGAUCGUUCUGGUUAUUUAUCUCGAGAAAGUAUAACAGAUUUAUUGCGACAAAUAAAUUUACCACUUGAAAAUGAUAUAAUCGAUGCGAUGAUUGCUGAAUGUGCAACAAAUAGGCAAGGAAAAAUUGAUUUAUAUGAAUUUUUACGUUUUUUUGAAAAAUAA